GAGCUCGUCACUCAGGAGGCAGCGGAGGCUCAUGAAGGAAGUCGGAUAUCCCACGAUCUUCUCUGCAUCGGAGACAACUUUGCUCCAGUUUGAGGAUCCAGAGCUGGAGAACAGACUCAGCGUCCUCAGACCUCCUCGGCUGGACAAAGCCACGCAGGACAGUCGUGACCAACAAGAGGCGGCUCACCACUGGCGCACGGACCGUGGAGGAUACGGGCAGAAGAUGGCUGACUUAGCCGGGCACCGCAAGCCCUCGGCGGCAUCACCAGCGUCACACGGGCCGCUGAAAAGCUGCAAGACACCCGCCGUCUGGCGACUGUAAACAGCUGCCUCUCUCAACCCCUCCUCUCCCCUCCUCACCGCAAAUAUUGACAGAAGUAUCACAGAGAAAACAUGGCAGAGAUGGAAAAAGAGGGCAGACCUCCGGAAAAUAAAAGAAGCCGAAAACCAGCUCACCCAGUGAAAAGGGAAAUAAAUGAAGAGAUGAAGAGUUUUGCAGAGAACACCAUGAAUGAGCUGCUGGGCUGGUACGGUUAUGACAAGGUGGAGCUGAGAGACUCUGACAGCCUGGAAAUAGGGGAGACACCACAGCACAUCUCUGUCCUCAAAGAAAACUCGUUGCCAAAAAUCCCAGCUUCAACAGAGAACAGUGAAGGCUCUCCGGAUCGAGCCAACAGCUUUCAUUCGUUGCCAGCCUCCAGGAACGGACUCACAGAGACCUCCACCACGCCGUCCACCUCCACGCCCAGCACCAAGGAGCAUGGCAACCUGCCCAUCAUAGUCCCCAUGAUCCCUCCACCACUGAUCAAGCCCCCUGCAGACGAGGAUGCGUCCAAUGUGCAGAUCAUGUGCGCCUGGUGCCAGAAGGUCGGCGUCAAGCGCUAUUCUCUGAGCAUGGGGAGUGAGCUGAAGAGCUUCUGCAGUGAGAAAUGCUUCGCUGCCUGCCGCAGAGCCUAUUUUAAGAGGAACAAGGUGUGUGACUGGUGCAAACAUAUUCGCCAUACUAAGGAGUACCUGGACUUUGGUGCUGGUGAGCGGAGGCUGCAGUUCUGCAGUGCCAAAUGCCUGAACCAAUAUAAGAUGGACAUUUUCUAUAAAGAGACCCAGGCUGCCCUUCCUGGAGCACUGUGUAACCCAGGACACGGAGCUGGAGGGGAGGGUAAGCUGGAGUGCAGUUCAGGAGUGCAGCUGCUCACUCCUGAAUCCUGGGGAACGCCGCUAACGGACCUUCGACGUAAAGCUCCCUCACCUGGAGGGCCUUCCGCCACCUCAGGUUUGGCCCCUUCCACAUCUUCUGCUGCCUCACCCUCAGACACUGCAGCUGUCUGCUCCCCAUCCUCCUCUUCUUCAGUCAAAAUCCCCACACCCAGACCCCAUGAGAGCCCCUCACUUCCCCCACCACCUGUUCCUGCUCUUCACCCACCAGUCGGGGUCCCCUCUGGCAGCCCUCCCAUGGUGAUGACACCCCGGGGACCCAUGCCCCUGCCUCUGUUCAUGGAGCAUCAAAUGAUGCAGCACAUCCGCCCCCCAUUUCUUCGCACCUCUGCCCACCCAGGAGGACCCAACAGCCCGCUGUCAAACCCAAUCAUUCCUGGUAUUGGUCCACCACCACCUCCUAGGACCCUUGGUCCUGCAUCAAGCCCCAUGCACAGGCCUCUGCUAUCUCCACAUGUCCACCCUUCAUCCAAUCCCAACCCUGGCAUGAUUCCCCCACACCCUGGAAUCCCCAUGCCGGGCCUACCGCCUUUCCCCCCAGUCAACAUGAUGCCCAAUGGACACAUCCCCCUGCCCCCAAUGAUGAACUUUGGCAUGCCGUCCUUGGCUCCAUUGGUACCUCCCCCAACUCUCUUGGUCCCUUACCCUGUCAUUGUACCCCUCCCAGUCCCAAUUCCUAUUCCAAUCCCUAUCCCCUUCAACCCCAAAUCCUCCAGGGACCGACCUGAGAGUACUGGUUCUGUCCGAAGUGCUCCAGAGUCCUCAGAAGCUUCAGCUUCUAGGCCCCACUCUCCAGGCUCCUCUGGAGGUGAUAGAGGGAGCCAGAAGAUAGAGCCAGCUGGAGGGCGUGUCUCUCCUGUGCGGUCAGAGAGAGGCAGGACAGUGGAAUUGACUGUGAAGGCAGAGGACAACUCAGGCAACCUUUGUCUCAGCAGUGGCCCUGCAUUGAUGGAUGGGGUUAUUGAUCUAACAGUGGGCCAAAGAUCAUGCCAGCAGCAGGUAAUUCACAGGAUUCUACCUGGUGUCCAGGUCAAAGUAGAGCCAGAGGCAGAUUCAAGAUCUCCACCAGCUGCUGAGCUGGGGAGGGAAGGGAAGAGCCAUCGUGAUGAAGGGGAAGGGGCUCUGCUCUCACAGGAACUCCUCAGUGCUGCGGAGCCAGAAGGGGCCACACACCCUAACACACUGGAAUCAUCAGCCCUACCUUCCAGUGCUCCCAGCAAAGCUUCAGUGAGCCAGAAGAGUCCCCACUAUUCUAACCGUACAACACCACCCUCACCAAGUACAGUACGGACCCAGCCCCCAUCUUUACCCCAGCACCAGACUAGCCCUGCUGCCCCAUGUAAUGUGAUAGUCAAUGGUACAGGAUGGCAUCCACUUCUCACGCCUGCGUUCGAAUCUGACCGAAGGGGAGAGGCAGGAGAAGGAGAGGCAGAGAAGCACCCAGCUAACGGUGAGCUAGAGCGUGAGGCGCUGAAAGAGAACAAUUGUUCCGUAGGUGAAUGGGAGCCAGGGAAGCGGGUCUCAGCACAAGAUGAGAUGGGUAACACGGUGGAGGGUAAGCCAGAUCCUGACUCCAACUUGGAGGAGGGUGAGCAUGCCUACGCCCUACCGCUGCUGUCGACCGGAGGCUGUGUUGUCAUACAGCCUGUGCCAAAGCCCGCCGCCGACAAGACAGCCAUCCUCUCCUGCUCCAUCAGCGCACCGCUAUCAGCCGCUGGGAGUCCUGAGCUCGAGCCGCCGCUGAAGAGGAGGUGUCUGCGAAUUCGCAAUCAAAACAAAUGAGAUGGAUGCUCUGAGGACCGCAGUGCCAUCAACGACACUCACUUGUCCACCCCCCACCUCCAAAUCACACACACACACACACACACACACACACACUGUCCUCAUCCUUACCCAUCGUCCAGUCUACCAGCACCACAAAUCGCCUUUGAUGACCGAUGAGUCCAAACAAACAUGAUGAUGUGUAUCAUAGCCAAGUGGACUACUGUUGUCUGUGCGACAGACACUCUGAUGGCCACCAGGACCGUUUGAUCCCUGAACUGAAGACAGUAUAUUCCUGCAACAGGAGGAAUUUACCCCACUGCUCCUCUCCUCAUUUAGAGACUCUCAGCCACACUGCCCCUUUAGACUUCAACCCACCCUCCCCUAUCGAACAAGUACUCUCUGUAUUGUCUUUUUACUAUGGAACGCACUGUAGUGUCCGAUAUUCAAAUCUGCUGCUUGAAAAUUACUGAAGGAGCCCCUAAAACUGAAACGCUUCAGUCCAACUUUGUGCCACACCACAGAUAUAAAAUCUCUGCUCCUGUAA